UCUUACAUGAACGACAGCGAGACAGACAGAUUUUCACUUCCCCGUGUAUGUGCGUCCGAAUGGUAAUUUUACAAAUCUCUUCGUGUAAUUAAAAUGAGCAACAAAAUUCACGAUUUCCACUGGGAUUGUAUCAGACAUGGGCAUCUAAUAGAAUGGAAACAAAGGCGAAAGGGACCCAGGGAAUUGUCGUUUUAAAGCGUAUUUGGGGGGAUUACGCUAAGUGCCGCUUUUCCCGGAGACAUUGGGUCUUACAUAAAACUAAUGGGUCAUCUAAACAUCGUCCAUGAAUAUGCUUCACUAAGCAGAGAUCUCGCAAAUCAUCAGCGGCACUGAUUAACGUGGAGUUGGUAUGUGCAUUCAAAGAAAAUCAGUUUUCAGAUAAACAUCUUCUUCGUUGCUCAACCGUUUAGCAGCACGCUGUUUGGAGACUCGUUUGUGAUUUCAAAACAAUGCCAACGAAUUCACUCUAUAGUUAUCUAAAGACGUUUUCAAAGCUUGUUUUGGUUUUGACAUCUCAACUGGAAUUAUAACAUCUACUGAUGUGUUAUAUUUCUUGUUUUGACAGAGGAUACACUCAACAUUAUUUUGCUUUACCGGAAAAUGUACCACCAGUCGUUGUUGUGGGCCUAGCAGAAUAGGGUAGAAAAUUAUUCUGUUUCCGGAGACUGAAUAUAACCAUUAUUGUAUUUAGCUAGAAUUUAAUCAGAUAUUGUUGCAUUCGUUAAAUAAUUAAGAACACCAAAGCUCCAGACCAGUAUCCUGGACAUUGUACCUUUGAUCUCUUCCUUUUUUCGCAAAUCCUUUGCGUUUGAUGUAUUGUAGCAGAAAAUGGAUCCUGGGAUUAAAAAUCACAUCGACCAUUACGUGCAUGACCUCUCCAACCCGAGCGCACCGGUUUUGUGUGAGGAAAUGCUCAGUGUGGCCGAUGAGGCGUGCAGCGCUGGAGACUUCGACCUGGCCGUGGAGAUAUACUCCUCUCAGAUCGCCGAACUCCAACACACCGAUCGCGGCCUCUGCCUGCGGAAAGCCGAUGCUCUGGCCCGUGGAGGACGCAUUGCCGAGGCGUUAGACUCUUACUGCAUCGCCGCAAACCUCCAGAAACUAAGACCUGAUGAACUGCGCAUUUUAGUUGAUAUUAUAGCGCAAACAAUAUGUGCAAAAGAGCAGUGUAAGUGCUCAAACUCAGAGGGCAGAUGUUUUGAGAGUGAUGAGUUUGAAGAAGAGCAGAACUUGGACUUGUUUUCAUGUCCCAUUUGCAAGUGCUUGUUAACGGAUCCGACGACUCUGGUGUGUGGGCACACAUUCUGUAAGCGCUGUGUAAAAGAUGAUGUGGUGAAAGAGUGCAAAAGCUGCUGUUUAAAAACUAACAAAUCACUUAGAGUGUUUAAUGUUGACGAACUCCGAGUAAAUGUUAUAGUCAGUGGCUUGAUUACAAAAUGGUUCGACUCAGAAAGCAAAGCGAGAAGGUGUUGGUUGGAAGGGGAAACUCUUUGGAAGAAAAACGACUUGGCCAACGCCAUACAGAAGUUUAACAAAGCCGUUGAACAAGCACCCUCUAUCUGUAGACUCCUGGCACGGCGGGCUGAGCUGCAUAUGGAAAUGAAAAAUUUCAGCCAAGCAAUCCUGGAUGGGGAUGCCAUGUGCCAACUUCGCCCACGGUGGCCAAAGGCUUACUACAUAAAGGCCACAGCGUUAAAGAAUGCAGGCCGAAGUGAAGAGGCUCUGCAGGAGUAUUUAUUUUGUGUGGCUUUGAAAUCUGACUGGAUCGCUGUAAAACUGGAGGCUCAGAAGAUCCUAAGCGACAUGUUCUCCUUAGUGUUUGUGAAUGAUGGUCUGGCCGAAUCCCUGCAGCCCCUUUUGGCUUGCCCCUCACCUCGUAUCAAACCCUCAUCCCUCCUCAGUUCUCUGCACACUUCUCUUCCUAGAGACGGAGCCAGAGCAGGCAGCUCCAAGGAAUUGACAUUCGGUUGCAGUAAAUUCAAAGAUGGGAGCUCCUCUUUAUUAAAACGAACUGAAAAUGUUGUCAACUCUGGCUUAUCUUCACUUCCUGUUCUGCCAGUCUUGAAGAGGAAAUGGACUGAAGAUGCUAAGGCCUUUGAGCCGCCCAGCAAACAGCUUAAAGAAGAUGAGGCAUCGUCAUCCAAACUUUUCCCUACUCUUUGCGGAGGAAGGCAGGUCCUAUCACAGAUUUUGGACAGUGCAGACUUUGAGUGUUCUCUCUGCAUGAGACUGUAUUAUGAACCUGUCACCACACCCUGUGGACACACUUUCUGCCUCAAGUGUUUGGAGCGCUGCUUAGACCACAACCCCAACUGCCCCCUGUGCAAGGAGAAUCUAUCUGAGUAUCUGGCUACUAGAGCGUACAACAUUACUCUUCUAAUGGAAGAAGUAUUGCAGCGCUACCUGUGUGAAGAGCUGGCAGAAAGGAGAAUAUUGCAUGAAGAAGAGAUGAAAGAACUUUCAAACUUGAAUCUGGAAGUGCCCAUCUUCGUGUGCACCAUGGCAUUUCCUACCAUUCCCUGCCCACUGCAUGUCUUUGAGCCUCGAUACAGGCUUAUGAUUCGCAGAUCCAUGGAAACAGGAACAAAGCAGUUUGGCAUGUGCAUUGCUGAUGAACUAAAGGGGUUUGCAGACCAUGGCUGCAUGUUGGAGGUGAGAGAUGUUAAGUUUUUUCCUGAUGGACGCUCCGUGGUGGACACCAUCGGCAUUGCUCGUUUCAAAGUGCUCAGUCAUGGCCAGAGAGAUGGAUACCACACAGCCAAGAUUGAAUAUUUAGAGGAUAUGAAGGUUGAAGGAGAGGAGUUGACAGAGCUCCUGAAGUUGCAUGAAUCUGUGUAUGAUCAGGCCACAGCCUGGUUUACCUCCCUUAAAGAUGAUAUGAAGAAUCAAAUUAUCAGCCACUUUGGCCAGCUGCCUGUCAAAGACUUUGACCCACAGGUGAACCCCAGUGGUCCAGCAUGGUGUUGGUGGCUGUUAGCUGUGUUGCCACUGGAAAACAGAGCUCAGCUCACCAUCCUUGCUAUGAACGCCCUUAAGGACCGACUGAUUGCUAUCCGCCGAGUCCUCAUUUUUGUAACGCGCAAGCGCCCUCGAUGAUGUCUAUGGUCUUAGUCUGCCUCAAUUCAAAUUGUCAUCAUCACUAUUAACCUGUACCUUGGGAAUGUUGCUUCAGACUGGGGUCAAGAAGGCAUCUUCCAUCGGCCAUCCUGGCCAAUCAUUACAACACGCAACCCUCACUGUUUAGUCACCUGUGACAAUGUGCAAUAAAACAGUUUGCCAGUCUAAAUGUAGCAACAAACAUCAUGAAAGGCGUGGGUGUGGGAAAGGUGUACUGUUUUUUUUUUUUUUUUUUUUUUUUGUGCUUACCUUUU